GGCAGCCCUUUCCCCGUUCCUCCCGUGCUCCGGGACCCCGAGCAGAGCUGCUCGUUUGUCCCCGUGUCCCUGUGUCUGUCCUCAGGCGGCCCCAGGAGCUGGCACUGACCGUGCCGCGGCUCGGGCACAGGCUGCUCCCAGCUCUGCCUGCGGAACUUCGGCAAUUACCGACAGCAGUUCUUUGCCCUGCCAUCCAGAAGGUGCGGCUCAUCUGACACCAGCCAGACGGGGAAGGCCCUGCCUGGGAGGGAAACGGCUACAGGGGAGGAAACCAAGAAAUGCUCCAACCGGAUGGUGCUGCGCGAGUCAAAAGAGGGGCAAGACCGCGGGCAAAUACAGUCAGGAAAUGAGCUUUUAUUCAAUCUCUGCAGGAGCCCUUCGCAGCCACGGGCCGGAGGGAGCGCGGCCGGCUGGGCUGUGCCCGGCUGGGGACGGGCACCAAUUCAUCGCUGCCCUGCUCAGGGAGGUUUUCCGGCCCCGUCCGGGCUUCACCCAACGGCUGCAAAGGUGCUCGUGCGGCAUCCGAGCUCAUUUCCAGGGAUAAAGGAGCCAAACGAGUCCGGAGGGAUCCCUCGCUCCGAGGCAAAGGCGUUUGGUCGAGUGUCGCCGCCUGGUCCCGCCUGCGGGGGAGCGUCUCCUCCAGACCUGGAACCGUGGCUGCUUCCUGGCAAACCUGGCGUUAAAGUGGCAGCUCUGCGGGGGAAGAUCCGGGCUCCAGGAGGCACUGGGAGGCUAUUGCAGCAGGAAUUCCCCAUGGAAUUGCGGGCUUUUCCCAGGGAGAAGAACAGGAACUCACAGCCACCAAGGCCUGACAGUCCCCUGCAGCCAGAGCUCAGCACACACCCAGAGAGGCAAUUCCAGCAUCUAAAAGAAAAAAAAGAAGAAAAAAGUGAUUUAUUUUGGUUUCAAGUUAUUUUAAGUUGUUCCAAGCAAAGCAAGCCUUGCUCUGGUUUCAGUUGGGUGAACAGUGAGCGCUGGGCACAGGGCACGUCAUUAAUGCCCAGGGGAUGGGGCUUUGUGGGGGAGGGAAGAGCAGCUGAUGGAGUUGCCCAAUCCAAUUCCUGCCCCGGGCCUGACUGGCCCAGGACAAACCCUCUGGCAGGCAGUGGUUUUGUUCCCUCUCAUGGUCAGUGCCCAGUGUGUCCCUGUGGGCAGUGCCAGGCUGGGGACAGGCACACGCAGCAUGACUUCAUGCUACUUCCUUAACAGGAGCACAUCAAACUCAUUGAAGCCAGAGAGGAAAUUACAAACAAACAAACAAACAAACAAAAGACCCAAAAAGAUGCUUUGCACUGAUA